AUGUGGAGAAUAGCGAUAGUGAAAUGUUCUGGCCGGAUUGCACCAUGUGGAGAAGCCAGAAGAGAAUUUCAUCACGGUUUGAGUCAACUGAACUGGAUGCUCAGUAAUGAUAUAGUGCGUAAUGCUCUCACACCGAAAAAUGUAAGCUUAGAGACACAUAAUAAUGGCAAAGGCUCCAGUCAGCGACGUGGACUACCAAAGAGUGGGCCUAAGAACCGUACUACGAAUAAGAACAAAGGCAGUGGUAAAAAAAACGUAGCUGUAACUUGGAGCACUGGGUCUGAUAGAGAUAAAGAAGCUGCAAAUAGUGUAUUGUCACAGAUCUUCCGAAUGAAUCGAGCUGGAAAUAUCAAAAUUAUUAAUUCUGAAACCUCGAAACCUGAGGAGACAAAUAUACGUACUUUCGGGAAGGGAAUCAAUCUGGAAGAAAAUGGUUUAGUUAUAGUAAAUUUCGAGGAAGUUGGUACUUUGAAAAUACCGCUUGUUAAAUUAGUAGAGAGGAAAGUUGCUUUGAAGAGGUUCUCUGACGAGAAGGCUAGGCAAAAGGAGAAGGAAUUGAUUGAUAUGGGUGUUUUAAAGAAAAAACCAGCAAAAUUAGGUGACUCUGACAAGGGAGAGGACUCUGUAAAGCAGAUCAAGGUAUCAUGGCAGAUAAAAGACGAUGAUUUAAGCAAGCAAAAAUCUCAUGAGAUUAUAAAUCAACUGAAAAAGGGCUAUAAAGUCCACUUAUACAUCGCGGAUAAAGCUCAUAUAAAUUCAAAGAAUUUGGCGGCAGAUUUUGACAAUGUUCAAAAGCCUAAUACCAAGAAACUGAGUAAUAAGGAUUUACAACAACGAAGUUCGGUGUAUGAGAAACUGCAGGAAAUUUUCGAAGAAUAUUCUGCUCAACCUGUAAUAGAAGGUAGUGUAGAAACUAAAAUGCUGAUAAAAUUAACCCCAAAGGUCUCUCCAGCGGGUGACAAGGACAGUAAGCAAGCUCUUAAAGAACAAAGAAAGAAAGAAAGACAGGAGAAGUUGAUGAUGAGACUAGAAAGAAAGAAGCAGAGGAGUGCUGAGACCGACUAA